GCCUUGUGAUAUUGUAGGAUCACGAGUUUAAUUUGAAAGAAAAUGGAAAAACAUUUAGGAGAUAGAUCAGAGAAGGAACGAGAAUCAUUAGGAACAGAAGAUUUAACUCAUGUAAAUAAUUCAAUGACAGUACUGAAAAAGAAUCUAGAGUAUGAACGUGAAAAGAACAAUGAGUUACAACAUGAAAUAGAAGAUAAAGAAGUAGAAAUUAAUCAUCUAGAAAAAUAUCGAGAAGAAAAAAUAGUUGAACUGUCAAAAAAAGUACUAGAUCAAACAAAUCUUUAUGCAGAUUUAGAAAGUAAAAUAAAUACAUUUGUAUAUACUAUUGAAAAAAAAAAUAAAGAGGAAAAUCGCAUUAUUAAGGAGUUUAAUUUGAAAGAAAUGGAAAAACAUUUAGGAGAUAGAUCAGAGAAGGAACGAAAAACCAUUAGAAACAGAAGAUUUAACUCAUACUAAGAUACUUCUUGAAGCUGAAGAAAGAUAUAAAGAGAUUGAUAUAAUUAGAUCAGCAAAUAUUAAUAGAUUGCAAUCAAUUUCCAAAAAUCAUUACGUACCUAUAUCACAAACAAAAAAAAUGAGACAGUAAAAACUUCGACAUUAUCGAUAGUUUGAUUAUGCAUCAAAUGUUGUAUUAUAUUUUGAUUGUAUUAUUAGUAAUAGGGCGCAUCGAUCGUAUAUGUUGCAACGUCAGGGUCACGUGGCUACAGAAACACUACAUUAUUAAAUUAAUUAUAUUAUUAUUAAUAAUAUU